ACAAAAUGGUUUCUUUCGUUAUUGAGCACAUGGAAGAGGACGACCAAACGACACACACCUUCCCACCCUGGGUGCAGCUGGAAUACUCCCACAUGCGUACCCUCGCCGGUCCUAGCAGUACAGUGCACUUCACACACGUCUCUCCCACCGCUGCUUCCUCCCUCGACUCCCUCCUAUCUCCCUCAUCACCUUUGAUUCCUCCACUAGCGCAGGUGGAGGUACACACUGAAGGGGUGGAAGAUCUGAUGAAAGCGAAGGGUGUAUCGAAGGAAAGAGUCUGUCUGCUGGACCCAAAGGCAGAUAGUGCGCUCGCUCCAAGUGAUGGGGAGGAAUUUGAUUGGUUCCUGUUCGGGGGAAUACUGGGUGACGACCCACCCCGGGACCGGACAUCUGAACUGCGUGCUCUAGGAUUCCCGGGGCGUCAUCUAGGUUCGGUGCAGAUGACGACCGAUACCGCUCUUGGGGUGACCAAGCUCGUUGUGGUUGACCAACAGCCGCUUGACCAGAUUCCGUACGAUGACUUUCCUACCAUUAGGUUCAACAAGCAGGAAAGCGUAGAGAUGCCGUUCAGGUAUGUAGCAAAGGAUGGUCAGCCGGUCAUGCCUCCAGGGAUGAAGGAGCUGUUGUACGAGGAUCUAGAUAAAGGGUUCGAUUUCUAGAUGUGAAAUAGACACGAUAGACACGAUGCUGUAUCCGAUACAAGGGUCAAGAAUGUGCGACAGUACAAUGAUAAUGAGCUGACAUGAC